UUAUAAGAAAGAAAUUUGAGAUUUUCGGGGUUUUGCGAAUAGGGAGAGAGAGAGAGAUGUCGAUACUGUGGGAGAAGAGCGAGACAUGGAGAUGGCUAGUGAGGAAGACGAGGGACUCGAAGCCUUUCUUUUUAGCAUUCGCCACCGUAUGCGGCGUCGUUCCGGGUGUCAUCGGCUACUGUGUUAUGCAGGUCACCAAUUCCCGCAACGAACAGCUCGAGGCCCAACUCCGCCGCAACGCCCGUCCCGAAUCCCUCAAAAUGGGGCAAGUGAAUAGGGAGAGACUGGCUGAAUAUCUAGGAGAGCUGCAGAGGAAAGAGGACACAAAUGACCGUUAUGUUGCUGCUUUGAGAGGAGAGACCUUGACUAGGAACCCAUAUGUCAGAAUCCAGCCAAUUCCAAAACAAACUGACUCUCAACCUGAUAAUAAAGAACAACACAAAUAAGAUGGGAUGGUGUCUGUUACAUGUUUGUAAUUUGUUGUCAUUUUUAAAUGCUAUGCAACAUCUUUGUUAGCUGUUUUCCUUUUUGAAUAUGGAUGGAAGUUGUAUAAAUUGCCUGCUGAAAAGUGUUGCCUACUUUUUGAAGUUUACAUGGUUAUUAUCUCAUCCACUGUUAUUUUUAAUAGCAUUAAUUAACAUUUUAUAUAUUCUAUCAA